UGUUUGCUGAUGGGUAUUAGUGGUCUAAAAGUGCUAAUUGCAUCAGGCAGCAACAUUAGGAGGACUGGAGCUGUGGCCACAAGAAGGAUAAACACAACAGAGAUCUCCUCAGACGCUGCCUGCCAUGUUCAGCAAGCUGAAGAAAAUCUUCGGGGGUCCAACUGUGGGUCCCACCCCGGCCUCAGCCUCUAAGUCGGCCCCUGCACCAGCUCCUGCCCCGGCCCCCACCAAGGAAGGAAAACCUGCAGACAAGGAAAAUGAAGACAAGAAAGAUGAUGAAGGCCCUGGCCCAGCACCAGCAACGGCCACAGAACAAAAACCGGCAGCCCCAGCCUCAGCUCCAGAACCGACGGCCCCGACUACAGCACCAGAACCGGCCCCCAAACCAGAGGAGACACCUGCAGACCCAGCCAACGUCCAGCCACCUGCUGAAGGUGAGGAGGCCCCUCCUCCUGAAUCCCGGCCCAUUGUAAUAAACAAGCAUUUUGAUGCUCAACUCAUCGAGAUAGUUCAGCGGUACCGGCAACGGACUGAACAGUAUAAAGAAAAGGUCAUAGACCCCUAUGCAUCCUCCCCAGAGCGCAGUCCACCUGUCACACCCGUCCUGAGAAAAGACGACUACCUGAAGAAAGAGGAGGAGAGGAAACGAAAAGAGGAGGAGGACAAGAAAAGAAAAGAAGAGGAGGAGAAGAAAAAGAAAGAGGAGGAGGAGAGAAAAAAGAAAGAGGCGGAGGAAAAGAAGAAAAAAGAGGAGGAGGAGAAGAAAAAAGAGAAAGCGGAAAAGGAGGAGAAGAAAGAUGACAAGAAGAAAGAGGAGGCGACGAAAGAGGAGAAGUCCAUCUGCCCAAAAAUGAAAUGUACCUGUAUAGAUUUCCUUCUGAAGCCCAUCGAGGACAGAGUCGACAAAAAACUGGGGCCCUCCAUCGAUCCUUUCACAGACCGCAGGUAUAUCGCUUGGCUAAGCGUGGUGACCAUUGCCUUUAACUAUAACCUGUGGUUCGUACCAGUUCGUAUGGCCUUCCCAUAUCAUAACCCGGAGGUCAUUCCAUUGUGGUUCACCUUGGACAUUAUUGCUGACAUCAUCUAUGUCAUCGACAUAAUCGUUUUCCAGCCACGACUGCAGUUCUGUAAGGGGGGAGACAUCAUUUAUGACCGAGUUGUGAUUAAAAAGAAAUAUCGGGAAUCGGCAAGAUUUCAGAAUGAUGUACUAUCCGUCCUGCCUUCGGACCUGUUAUAUUUCCCGUUUGGAUACAAGUCCGUCUUCAGGAUCAAUCGUUUGUUUAAAUUUGAAGCAUUUUUUGAGUUCAGUGACCGUCUUGAAGGUAUAAUGACCAAAGCGUACAUCUGGAGAGUAAUUCGUACUAUUGGAUACCUGAUGUUUAUUCUCCACCUCAACGCUUGUCUUUACUACGUGGCAUCUGACUACCAGGGGAUCGGCAAGACCAAAUGGGUCUACAGUGGAAAUGGCAGCGCGUACUUGCGCAGUUACUAUUUUGCAGUGCGGACUCUGAUCAACAUUGGCGGCUUGCCUGAGCCUCACACAGUCUUUGAGAUUUCCUUUCAGUUAACAAACUUUUUCAUUGGUGUCUUUGUCUUCUCAAGUUUGAUUGGACAGAUGAGAGAUGUCAUUGGAGCAGCUACUGCUGGCCAGACCUAUUUCCGUGCAUCUAUGGAUGCUUGUGUGGCGUACAUGGUGACAAACCGCAUCCCCAAGCUGGUUCAAACCAGAGUGCGCACCUGGUACAACUACACCUGGGACUCCCAGGGCAUGCUGGAUGAGUCUGAGCUACUGGAACAGAUGCCUCUGGUGAUGAGAACAGCCAUCGCUGUGGACAUCAACCUUGCUACUUUCCAAAAGAUCGACCUCUUCAAGGGCUGUGACAACCAGAUGCUGGUGGACAUGUUAUUGAGGCUGAAGUCCAUUGUGUACUUGCCUGGAGACUUUGUGUGCAAGAAGGGCGACAUUGGAAAGGAAAUGUACAUUAUUAAGGCCGGAGAGGUACAAGUCAUCGGUGGGCCGGACAAUAAGAUUGUGUUCGUGACUCUAAAGGCAGGCUGUGUGUUCGGGGAGAUCAGUCUGCUACAGUCUUCAGCCAAUGGAGGAAACAGAAGAACCGCUAACGUAGCGGCACAUGGAUUUGCCAACCUCUUCGUACUGGACAAGAAAGAUCUCAAUGACAUCUUGAUUCACUACCCUGAGUCUCAGAAAGUGCUGGCCAGGAAAGGACGGAAACUGCUGAAAGCGAAGGGUCCACCUCCUGCUGCUAAAGCCGACGAGGAAAAGAAGAAAGGACUGUCUAUGUACGGACAAAAACCUCCCACUCCCAAACUUUUGCGUGCCUUUGCAGGAGGAGCGUUCACCAAAAAAGGCUUUAUGGACAGACUUAAGACUGCAGCUUCAUCAGAACGUCAAUAAUCACAUGAAAUACAUACAAUAUUUCUCUUCGAGUAUUUUGUUCAUUUUGAAAUCAUCUACUGUCAUGUAUUUAAGAAAAUAAAUAUCUUUAUACAGUAUGUAUCUAAACAUUUUGAAAAUGAGCUCCUUUACCUGCCAACUGAAGUACUUGCCAGUAAAUGAGUUGUAUUAAUAGUGAUACAUGCAUCAUGUGAUAGCAAUUUGUUACCGUCCUUCCAAAACAGUAUGUUUGUAUAUUUAUUUUGUACUGAAACCUAAAUAAAAGACAGAUUUUUUAAUUGCAUAGUACAA